AUGAGUGUCAUCGACAUUCUCACCAGAGUUGAUUUCAUCUGUAAAGAGUACGAUAAAUACGACGUCGAAAAACAAAGGGAUUCCAAUAUCUCCGUCGAUGUCGAAAUCGAGGCCUUACUUCAGACAGCAGAAACCGCUUCCAAGGAGAAAAGUAAGGCGUCUACUGUAGCUAUCAAUGCCGAGAUUCGUCGUACUAAGGCUAGGUUGUUGGAGGAGGUUCCCAAGUUGCAGAAUUUGGCUAUGAAAAAGGAUGGUUCUUCGCUUUCUCUGCUUCUUGAAUCGCAGGUAAAGGGGCUUUCAUCACAAGAAUUUGCUGCCCGUAACGGUUUGGUUCUUGCAUUGCCGGAUAGGAUUCAAGCUAUCCCAGAUGGGACCCCUGCAGUACCCAGACAAACGGGAAGUUGGGCAGCUUCUUCCUCACGUCCUGGAAUUAAAUUUGAUUCAGAUGGACAAUUUGAUGAAGAAUACUUCCAUCAAACUGAAGAAUCAAGUCGAUUUAGGCAGGAGUAUGAAAUGCGUAAAAUGAAACUGGAUCAAGGUUUGGAUAUGAUAGCCGAAGGAUUGGAUACUUUGAAAAACAUGGCACAUGAUAUGUAUGAGGAACUGGAUAGACAAGUACCACUGAUGGAUGAGAUUGAUGCUGAGGUGGACAAGGCAUCUUCCGACCUUAAAAAUACCAAUGUUAGACUUCGAGACACAGUGAACCAAGUCUUUUUGACUGAAAAUCUUAUUCUUAAAUUUUCAUCAGUUUCUAAUUGCGUCAGUGAUGAAUUUUAUGUUGAAUCUUAUAUAGUUUUGGUAUUCGUCCAGCUUCAGUCCAGUCGAAACUUUUGUAUUGAUAUUGUUUUAUUGAUUAUAAUUUUGGGAAUUGCUGCCUAUUUGUACAAGUAA